UUCCCCUCCCCAACCCCUUCUCUCAUCUACACACUACCCACCCCCACUCCCACCUACCCAAAGGGUCAAGAGCAAAGACACCGGGAGAAGGCAAGGGCUAGUCCCAUCUCCCCAGAUUCAAGGAGGCCUUGGGCAGGGAUUGCACUGAGUGACAACCUUACAGGAAGCCAGAAAGAGAAAGAAAUAAAAAAAUAAAGAAAACCCAGAGACCUAGCCAGGACUCUCGGGGACCACGAAGCUCGACGCUGAACCGAGAGUACCGAGAUUUUAAGUGAGAGAACCCAGUCCUAGGACACUCGCGCUGCCUGCCUCCCAUCGAGGGUACACAGAACUGUGAUCGUGAGCUCCCUGUCACUGGUCUCGUCGCGCUAGGUGAGCGCCCGGCUCUCCCAUUGGUAUGCAGCGACCAUUUCCCUUCGAGUCUCAAAGGUGGAAACACUUAAAAGGAUUACAAGCGUGAUUUGGUGGCCUUUCUGAAAGUUGGUGGACGGAGGGAGAGGAACUGCAAGCCUACGGCAUAAUGGAUACAAUUCAGCCGCCCAGAGAGUUUGCACCUCCCGCUGGGAAGCCCCUCGGAGCUCAUCUCGGAGAUCUAGAGCGCUCGGCGCGGAUAGGUGGAAGCAAACACAUGGCUGUUGAAUCCAGGGGAAAUCGAAGGCUUUGAGCUGCAGCACAACAAAAGGAUUCCUGGUGCAAAGAGAUCGAAGCAAAAUGCAGGAGACACUCAGUCCAAGUCCCUCAGGCUGCCUGAGCUCUUAUUCGGGACACCUAAGCAGAAUCAGCUAGAUCCAGCUCUUCUCUGGGGACCUGAAUUUCCCUUUAUCUCCGCCUUUGGAAGGGGAAUGUCUGUGCUAUGAAAAGGAUAAUUCCAAAGGAUAAUCUUACUUUUCAACCAGUCUACACUAGAGAGACGAGCUUUGGAAACCAGAAGAGCAAACCAGUCAGAUGAUUUCCUUGAGAGUUAAAAACAGUAUUUUUUUUUUUUUAAAGGGAAAAAAUGCCUACACCCCUCCCCCUCCCCCUUCCCCACCAAAGGAAUGUUUCCUUUAGGUUGGCCUCUGCUUCCGUGUUUCUUAUUUUGACAAUUUGUUAAGUCGAUCCCUUCACUUCUUUUCUUGCCCCUUAAACACACACACACACGUACACGCGCGCGCGCACACACACACACACACACACACACACACACACACACUCUAUAGUCAGGGCUUCGUAGUGCUCGCUCCCGACCCAAGCUAAGCGCGUUCCCCUUCUUGGAGCUCAUUUUCGUGACGUGGAAAGCCGGAACCAGGGUUACAGCACAUAUUUAAAAAAAAAAAAAAAAGCCAGCACAAGAGAAGUCCGAGAUUCUGCACUGAGAUUGAGCCUGCCUUCCUGCCUGCCUCCCUCCCGCCCUUCCUCCCAGUGCCCAAUGAUGUGCUGCCGGUACCCAGCGAGAGCAGCCACGGCGGCAGCGGCGGCGGCGGCGGCGGCGGCAGCAGCGAAGCUGGAAGCCUGCAGCAGCCCCUUCUCCUCCCUCCUCUAUUGAGUGUGCCAAGCGGCAGUUCUGCAUUCUAAAGAAGCCCAUUGAAAGGCCCAUUGCAUUCCCAGCACGUCUCAAGCUUGCUGCUUGUAUUUUUUCUCUUCGUCUCCCCCACCCACCCCCUCUAUCCCCCUUUGCUUCAGUUUCAGCAAAAGGAAGGGAGGGAGAGAGAGAGAAUCCUUAAACUCAAGCUUUUUUUUUUUUUUCCUUCCAAUGUUAAAUACUUAAAAAAAAAACCUCCUGCAAAAUAGUUUUGUAAUCAACUACGAACGAUGAAAUCUUCCAUAGCUGAGAUGCUUCACAGAGGGAGGAUGUUGUGGAUAAUUCUUCUAAGCACAAUUGCUCUAGGAUGGACUACCCCGAUUCCCCUGAUAGAGGACUCAGAGGAAAUAGAUGAGCCCUGUUUUGAUCCAUGCUACUGUGAAGUUAAAGAAAGCCUCUUUCAUAUACAUUGUGACAGUAAAGGAUUUACAAAUAUUAGUCAGAUUACUGAGUUCUGGUCAAGACCUUUUAAACUGUAUCUGCAAAGGAAUUCAAUGAGGAAAUUGUACACCAACAGUUUUCUUCAUUUGAAUAACGCUGUGUCCAUUAACCUUGGGAACAAUGCAUUGCAGGACAUUCAAUCAGGAGCUUUCAAUGGUCUUAAGAUCUUAAAGAGGUUAUAUCUACAUGAGAACAAACUAGACAUCUUCAGAAAUGACACCUUCCUUGGCUUGGAAAGUCUGGAAUAUCUGCAGGCAGAUUACAAUGUCAUUAAACGUAUUGAGAGUGGGGCAUUUCGGAACCUAAGUAAAUUGAGAGUUCUGAUUUUAAAUGAUAAUCUCAUCCCCAUGCUUCCGACCAAUUUAUUUAAGGCUGUCUCCUUAACCCAUCUGGACCUACGUGGAAAUAGGUUAAAGGUUCUUUUUUACCGAGGAAUGCUAGACCACAUUGGCAGAAGCCUGAUGGAGCUCCAGCUGGAAGAAAAUCCCUGGAACUGUACAUGUGAGAUUGUGCAGCUAAAGAGUUGGCUGGAACGCAUUCCUUACACAGCCCUGGUGGGAGACAUCACCUGUGAGACCCCCUUCCAUUUCCAUGGAAAGGAUCUGCGAGAAAUCAGGAAGACAGAACUCUGUCCCUUGUUGUCUGACUCUGAGGUGGAGGCUAGUUUGGGGAUUCCCCACUUGUCAUCAAGCAAGGAGAAUGCAUGGCCGACUAAGCCUUCCUCAAUGUUGUCCUCUGUCCAUUUCACUGCUUCUUCUGUUGAAUACAAGUCCUCAAAUAAACAGCCCAAGCCCACCAAACAGCCCCGAACACCAAGGCCACCCUCUACAUCCCAAGCUUUAUACCCUGGUCCAAACCAACCUCCCAUUGCUCCUUACCAGACCAGACCACCCAUUCCCAUUAUAUGUCCUACUGGGUGUACCUGUAAUUUGCACAUCAACGACCUUGGCUUGACUGUCAACUGCAAAGAGCGAGGAUUUAACAACAUUUCUGAACUUCUUCCAAGGCCAUUGAAUGCCAAGAAACUUUACCUGAGUAGCAAUCUGAUUCAGAAAAUAUACCGUUCUGAUUUUUGGAAUUUCUCCUCCUUGGAUCUCUUGCAUCUGGGGAAUAAUCGUAUUUCUUAUGUCCAGGAUGGGGCCUUCAUCAACCUGCCCAACCUAAAGAGCCUCUUUCUCAAUGGCAACGAUAUUGAGAAGCUGACACCAGGCAUGUUCCGAGGACUACAGAGUUUGCACUACUUGUACUUUGAGUUCAAUGUCAUCCGAGAAAUCCAGCCUGCAGCCUUCAGCCUCAUGCCCAACUUGAAGCUGCUAUUCCUCAACAAUAACUUGCUGAGGACCCUCCCGACAGAUGCCUUUGCAGGCACAUCCCUGGCCCGGCUCAACCUGAGAAAGAACUACUUCCUCUACCUUCCUGUGGCUGGCGUCCUAGAACACUUGAAUGCCAUUGUCCAGAUAGACCUCAAUGAGAAUCCUUGGGACUGUACCUGUGACCUGGUCCCCUUCAAACAGUGGAUUGAAACCAUCAGCUCAGUCAGCGUUGUGGGUGAUGUGCUUUGCAGGAGCCCUGAGAACCUCACCCACCGCGAUGUGCGCACCAUUGAGCUGGAAGUUCUCUGCCCAGAGAUGCUGCACGUCCCACCAGCUGGAGCAUCCCCAGCCCAGCCUGGAGAGUCUCACCUUGCUGGGGGGCCAACGAGUGCAUCACCUUAUGAGUUCUCUCCCCCCGGGGGCCCUGUGCCACUUUCUGUGUUGAUUCUCAGCCUGCUGGUUCUUUUCUUUUCAGCAGUCUUUGUUGCUGCAGGCCUCUUUGCCUACGUGCUCCGACGGCGCCGGAAGAAGCUGCCCUUUAGGAGCAAGCGACAAGAAGGGGUGGACCUUACCGGCAUCCAGAUGCAAUGCCACCGGCUGUUUGAGGAUGGUGGGGGUGGUGGAGGUGGAAGUGGAGGUGGGGGCCGAGCGACUAUUUCGUCCCCAGAGAAGGCCCCUCCUGUGGGCCAUGUAUAUGAGUACAUCCCCCACCCAGUGACCCAAAUGUGCAACAACCCCAUCUAUAAGCCUCGUGAGGAGGAGGAGGUGGCUGUUUCAUCAGUCCAGGAGUCAGGGAGUGCAGAACGAGGGGGUCCUGGGACACAGCCACCAGGAGUAGGUGAGGUUCUCCUAGGAAGUGAGCAGUUUGCGGAGACACCCAAGGAGAACCACAGCAACUACCGGACCUUGCUGGAAAAAGAAAAGGAGUGGGCCCUGGCAGUGUCCAGCUCCCAGCUCAACACCAUAGUGACGGUGAAUCAUCAUCACCCUCACCCUCACCACCCAGCAGUUGGUGGGGUUUCUGGGGUAGUUGCGGGAACUGGGGGAGACUUGGCUGGGUUCCGCCACCAUGAGAAGAAUGGUGGGGUGGUGCUGUUUCCUCCUGGGGGAGGCUGUGGCGGUGGCAGUAUGCUCCUAGACCGAGAGAGGCCACAGCCAGCCCCCUGCACAGUGGGAUUCGUGGAUUGUCUCUAUGGCACAGUGCCCAAAUUAAAGGAACUGCACGUCCACCCUCCGGGCAUGCAAUAUCCAGACUUACAGCAGGACGCCAGGAUCAAAGAAACCCUUCUCUUCUCGGCUGGAAAGGGCUUCACAGACCACCAAACCCAAAAAAGUGAUUACCUCGAGUUAAGGGCCAAACUUCAAACCAAGCCGGAUUACCUCGAAGUCCUGGAGAAGACAACAUACAGGUUCUAACGAAAAAAGAAAAAUAAAUUAGUGCUUUUUUUUUUUUCAAAAGAAAAGGAAAAUAAAAGAAAUAUCCCUUGCUCCCUUUACACUUGUCCCAAUAACUCCAUUCUCACAAACUUCCCUGCCCUGAACAGGACUGAAACCGCAUGAUAACUAGAAAAUACAGAUGUAUGCUCUCCCCUCUCAGAUGUGAUUUGGAGGAAGGGCCAUACUCAGAUCAUUAAUCAAUGAAGUGCCUUCGCAGACUUUUGCCAGCAAAUGUUAUCAUUAUUUUUUUAUACUGAAACUUGAGACUUUGACUGUGCCAUGUAUAAGGUAUAUUGGGGAUCGUUGUAUUGAUCCUAAUUAAGUAAAAUUCAACGUGUCUUUUUAUUUUCAGUAAUUUUUUUUAGUUGUAGUUUCGUUUGACAGGGAGGGGGGAAAACAAAUUGACAUUUGUGGCUUUCUUUCCUCUUCCCAUCAUGGCACAGAUUCUGUACAUGUAUUAACAAUGCAGUUUGCUGCAUGCCUGGAAACUGCAAGACGGGGAGGGAGGGGGCGGGUCUUGCUUGAAUGUUCUCACCCACUCUUUUUUCUGUCACACACAUACCCACAUGCAAAUCACCAAUCGCUGCAAACCAUUAGGUCCCUAAACCUGCAGCCUCUUCCUUCUGGUACAGGUACACACACAUGCAGACGUAUAAACCUGCACAUGCAUACACACGCGCGCGCACACACACACACACAAAACACACACAAACAUACACACCCCAUUCCCUUUUAACACUAUCUAAUUAUUUCGGGUUUGAUCCAUUCCUCUCCUCUUCAUAGCUUCACCUUCCCUUCACCCCUAGUGUACAGCUCUCGCCUACCACCCUGGGAAAGGUCAUAUUCUAGGUUGGAUCCUAAUGAAGUGGAGGCCUGGUUUAACAGCCAGAGGCACAUACCUAGGGAUGAGCACCCUCUUUGUGACACUUCAUCCUGAUGCCAAGAGUUUUUGGAGACCAUCUGCACUUUCUUAUAUAUAUAUAUAUAUAUAUAUAAUAUUGAAAAAACAAAAAAAGCAACUGGGUAUAUAUCACUAACAGCUUUGUAGGAAGCACUUUUAAUGUUUUCUCUCACACACAAAGAUUCAAAAGAAAUGUGCAUAUAUUUAUUCUGUAAUUUCAGUGAUUAUAAAUUGUAAAGGUAAUGUUUAAUCAUUGUAUAGUGAUUAUGCGUCUGGUAUAGCUUUCCUAAUAAAGAGUUUUUGAAAAAUAUAAUACAUUAUAUAUAGAGGACACCAAGCUUGGACCUGAAACCACAGCUAUGCCGUGCCUUUUGUGCUCCCACUUUUUUGAACCUUUCUUUUACUUGUUAUACAGAAAGCUGGUUUAUUAAUAAGUUUGAUGCACUGUGAUGUUGAUAAAUCUUAUAACCCACCACCCCCAUCACAUGCCAGGACACAGUCGGGACUUAAAAAAAUCUGAUUUAUAUAGUUCACUUUUAUUUUUGUCUUGAAUUAUGAAUCUCAAACUCACUACCCCAGUGACGCACCGGUUUUCCUAGGCAGGCUGUGACUGGGGGAAAAUAGAGUAACUAGAUUGCUAAGAAGUAUAGGAUUAUAUAGAGGAGGCAAUCAAGGAUCCAUGCACCUUAAAAUAGUAAAUGACAGAAAGAAAAAGGAAAGUGAAAUUGCUAUUCUUUUUAAAAACAUGAACCAGAAUAUCACACACACAC